AUGCCCGCCGCGAACGCGCUCGCGCUUCACAACGCGCGGCAUGCCCCCUCGCGUAUCUCCACCCGUUCGAAGUGCGCGCCUGCGCUCCAUCGCGCGCGUCGUCCCGCGUCCCGCCCGCUUCGCCCGACCCCUCCAAAGGCGGGCUUCUUCGAGGACCAAGAGGAGGAUGACUUCUUGUCGCCCGCGACCGCGGUGACGACUUCGCCAGACGCUUGGACCUCCGGGGCAUACGCGCAGCUCGACGAGAAGAUCGUCAUGUUCGGCGUUUCGCAUCUCGAGGAGGGGGCGUUCGACGCGGCGGAGUACAUCUUGUCCCGCAAGCCGGCGCUCGUUGUGGUCGAGACGGCGGUGACGAGCGAGCACGGUGAUGCGACCGGGAACGUGUGUAACUUCGAACAAGGGGUGAGUGCAAUGAUGGUGGACGCGGAGAACGCGCCAGAGGCGCUGGUGUUCGUGACGAGGUUGGCGGGCGCGUUGAAGGGCGAGCUCGAACCCAUUGCGGAGUCGCCGCAGUGGGAGAGCAUGAAGGCGCAGUUACCGCCGGAAGUGUUGGUUUACGCCGCGGCGUUCGCGGUAGGGGCUAGUGUGGUGUACGGUGAUAGGCCGAAGGCGGUGACGUAUCGACGAUUGAUGGCGUCACCGACGCUCGCGGAGCUGGACUCGACGUUCGCGAAGCAGAGCGAGAGAAACUACCGGUUACUCCUGCCGAACGAUCAUCCGAUCGCGUCCAAGGCGAACGAACGGACUCACGAUUGUUUCGAGAGGAUUAUCAUCGACGAGCGCGAUACCGUGCUGGCGUCGACGAUUCGGGAGUGCGCGGACAAGGUGGAGGAGGGCCAAAAGGUUGUGGCUGUCGUCGGCGUCGACCAUGUGGAGGGGAUUUCGCGAAUCAUAGGCGACAAGGUGGAGGAUCAGACGGCGUACGAGCAAGCAAUGAAGACGCCAGAGGGUACACCCGACGCUCUUGGUGUUCGCAUUGCCCUCACGCAGCGCCUGAUGGGACUUCGAUGUGCGCCGGCGCUCGUGGACGACGUCAUGCGGACGCUUAAUCCUGAUGUUGGCUCCCUUCAAGGGCAAGAUGCGACAGAUUUCGAGCUCGUUAGCGAAGUUUACAGCUCGGCGAGAAUGCUCAUGGCCUGCGUUGAGGACAAGGAGGUUCUCGACGCCGUCAUUGGCGGCUUCAAAUGCGAUUUCUCCGAGGAUGUCUUAGCCCCCAUCCGAGCCGUGCGCCCGUGCAAUGGCGGUAAGGGCUAUAGCGACGAGAUUAUUGACUCCCUUCGCACCUCGUCCGUGGUCGAUUUUUCUCGCAAGAGCUAG